AGCUUUCCCAUCUCAGAUCCAGUUGUUCCUUCCAAGGCAAUUUGGCCAUCUGCAAUUCUUGCCUCACCCAUCUUCUUUUCUUCCCCAGGCAGAAAGGAGGGAAAUAGAAGACAACAACGCCCUUGCUACACUUCCGCAGUGACCUGUUUCUAUACAGCUGUCAAUUCGCAAAGAUGACCAGAGUCUCCGUCUACAGCGCCGCCCUCGUGGCCUUUGUCGCUGCGACGGCGAUGAUUAUUGCGUCUAUUACGCUCCCCCACUGGGUCACCUACACCGUGACGACCGCCGAAGGCAAGGAAUACUCAAAACACAUCGGUCUCCAUCGAUCAUGUUCCAGUGGGUUCAACGAGCCAUGCCAGGUGUUUCCGACCGAGGAGCUGUGUAGCGCAAAUGGCGAACGUUAUUUCUGUUCAAUGUGGCGCUCUGUUGGCUUCCUGGCUUCCUUCUCGACCAUCCUGCACCUCGCGUCCAUCGUCACGUUCCUUGUCAUCAUGGGCGGUGGCAAAUACAAGCGCGAAACCGGCUGGACAGUUCUCGGCGGGCUUCUGGUAUUUGUCGCGGCUAUCGAGUUCACGCUGAUGGGCAUUGUGGCAUACCUUUACGACAACGACGAGCAGUUCCAGGUUCCUGGCUGGGGGCUGGACUCCUCUUGGAUCCUGUGUACCGUGAGCGCUUCAAUCUCGAUUCUGUGUGCCGCUGGAUUGGCCAUCUCCGCCUUUGUGCUCCCGCCAGAGGAGGGCUACGAGUUCCUUAACGAUCCCAUGCCGUAAUCGACAUGUUCAUCGACCAAACUUUGAGUUUAGAACCAGCUUCCGAAUCGUGGCGCAUACAGAAAACCGGCGUCUUGAUUUGGCUUCAUGGGGGUGCAUAUUCUUUUCUUCCCGUUAGCUUACAUGAUGAAGGAGUUUUCACAUUUGCAAUUUUGAAGCGGCUUAAGAUGACGAGAUGAGUGGGAUGCAUCUGGUAUAUGCGCCAAAUAAUCUAGGUUUACAACACAGAAUACACGACUUUUACCCUUUAUGAA